AUAACAUUUAUACCAGGAAGUAAGUUACCCAUAUCACUUAUUUCCUGACCACAGAACACCACAAUACUAGUCUACCGUAAACAGAAGAAUCUGUGAAAAAAAUUCAUGUAAACCGACAAGUUUCUGCAAUGUGAACAGCGCGUGAACAUACAAUUGUUCAACCUGAAAGAUCAACAGGGAAUGGAGAAAUUUGUGCUGAAGCCUGGCACCCGUGUGGUGCGGGGCCCGGACUGGAAUAGCAAGAAGCAGGACAGUGGAGAGGGAUAUCUUGGUACUGUCAUCUACGUCCCUAAGUCAGAAAUGGCAGACAAGAAAGUCACAGUCAUAUGGGACUCAGGACGAGAGCUGCGGUAUCGCUCUGGACAUGACGGGAAAUAUGACCUGAGAAUAUUUGAUACAGCACAAAUAGGUAUCAAACAUGAGUAUGUCUCCUGCUCUGAGUGUAAAGAGACACCGAUCGCUGGACUUCGGUGGAAAUGCUCUUCAUGUCCAGACAUUAGCCUAUGUUCCCCCUGUUAUAUGGGCGACAAACACGACAUCAGACAUGGCUUUGUUAGGAUAGAUGUGGAGAAAGCUACUCCAUGGGCUGUUCAAAAGCGAGAAGGAAGUCGACAAGAGGAUUCUAGAGGUAUGUUUGUUGGUACAGAAGUCAUGAGAGGACCACAUUGGAAAUGGAAAAAUGUCGACGGAGGCGAAGGGGAGAUUGGUAUAGUCACAAAACUAAAAGAAUGGAAUAGCCACUCUCAGCGAGGGGGUGUAUCCAUUUCUUGGAAGAAUGCCAAGGAGGAACAUUUGCAUCGCCUGGGUGGAGAAGGCUGUGUAGAUGUCAUCUUUAAUCGUAGUAAACAGUCAAAAUCGGGAGGCAAAUAUUACCCAGAACACCUACCGCUGGUCGAUGUCGUAAAUAAGGGUAACUAUACUGUGGCUUUGAAACCUUCUGACAAAGUUCAGGUGUGCAUGGACGUCAAGGCUCUUAGGCAGCUUCAGGAUAACCCCGACAAACACUCACCCUGGAGCUCAGAAAUGGAACAGUGUAUCAAGGAGGUGGGCACCAUUGUCCAGCUGUUACACAAAGGAGAGCUUGCCAGGGUCCAGUAUGUAGAUGGCCAGAUCUUUGACCUCAACCGCAAGGCUCUAACCCGGAUUCAUACGUUUAGCAAAGAUGAUUUGGUGGAGAUACUGGGGGACAAGGAGAAGAUCAAGGUGUUACAGGCGGGUCAUGGUGGUUGGAACGACGACAUGGAGCAGGUUUUACAGAAACAGGGACGAAUUGCACGGAUAGACAGUGAUGGUGACGUUCGUGUGAAGGUUGAUGAACGCGUCUGGAUCUUCAAUCCUGUAUGUAUCCAAGCAUCCAGUCCAAAAGGAGCUGAGGCAUCGUCACCACCUUCUCUUAUGGGAACUACUGUUGUUAUGGAUGAUGAUGACGAUAGUUCGGAAGAGAAGGAAAUGAGCAUCAGUGGAAGAGAUGUAUCAGAGACUAUUGCUCAGCUAUUUGUUGACAUGCUGAAAGUACAACCCCCUGUACAAGCUGCAUCAGCCAACAUCGUUCAGGCUGCUGCUCAGAAUGACAUCAACACAAUACAGCAGGUUCUCAGCCAGAAACCAGACAAGGUAAACUUUUCCCAGGAUGGUAAGACAGCACUACACCUGGCUUGUUACGAGGGACAUUCACAAGUUGUAACCCUUCUCCUCAAAUACAACGCUAACCUAGACUUACAGGAUGGAGAGGGAGACAGCGCCCUGCACUAUGCUGCCUUUGGGAAGGAGACAGAGACAAUGAAACAGUUACUGAAUGCGGGAGCAAAGGUCAACAUAGUGAACAAAGCCGGUCAUAGUCCAUUACAUAUCUCUAUAGGGAAAGCCUGCGAGGAGGCUGUGGAGAUUCUAGUCCGGCAUGGCAGUGAUGUCAACAUAAAGGCUGAUGAUGGAGACACAACCAUGCAUGACGCUGUACAACAACGAAUGGGACAACCCAGGAUCAUGCUAGCUGUCCUUAGAGGUCACGAUGCUGAUUAUACAAUCCCAAACCAAGAUGGUUUUAAUGUAUUGCAGUGGGCAGGCCUAAAAAAUUCUGUUCAGGCAAUGGAUGUAAUCUUAGAGAUGAAUAAGAACUUUGUAAAUGACCAGACAGCAGAGGGAUUCACAGUUCUUCACAUUGUGGCAGCAAACAACUUUGUGGAUGCCACCAACUGCCUUGUUGCAAAACCCAAUAUCAACGUGAAUAUUGACAUUGGUGACAAGGAAAAGAAAACACCACUCCAUUGCGCUGUGAAUGGAGGUCACAAACAGGUGAUCGAGCUCCUCAUAGCAGCAGAAUCUGAUGUAAAUGCCCAGGAUGUUUUUGGAAACACAGCCUUACAUUUGGCACUCAGUAAAUCAGGUCCAUCUAGAGAGUGUGACAAGAUUAUGGGGGCUAAGCAGGAUCAUGAGGUGGGCACACAGAUCAUCUGCCUGUUGCUCGAGUCCCGUGCCAACAUCAUGCUCAAAAAUAAAGAUGGUGACACACCCCUUGAUCUCGCCUCUGACCCUAUGGUCCGUAAAUUCAUGGAAAAAUUGGCAGAUAAAGCUAAACACAACAAGUUUGAGACCACGAAGCGAGGCAUCAACCUGCCUUCUAACUGGGACCCAUUGACGAAAGGCCAAGCUUUCACACGCGUACCUGUGUCGGUGGAGGCGGGGGGCAUAUUGAAGAUGGAGUAUGAAAAUGUGUCGAAGAAGUUCCGCUCCACACUACCCCAAGCAAAGAUCUUCACCAUUCAACGUGUACAGAAUAUGUUUCUAUGGGAGGUCUACUACUUGAAAAAGCGCCAGUUAGAAGGGCAAUAUGGAAUGGGUGGAGCCAAUGAGUUAGAGCUUUUCCAUGGGACCCUACCUGAUAAGAUUGACAAAAUUUGCAAGGAAAAUCUGGACUUUCGGUUGGCUGGCGAGCGUGUUGGUGCCAUAUUUGGCCAGGGAACAUACUUUGCAGUGGAAGCUAAAUAUUCGGAUUUAUACGCCCAGGCAGAUGAAAAGCGCCACAAGUACAUGGUGUUGACGCGUGUAUUGGCCGGCAAGAGUUGUGUGGGAAAGAACCAGUAUCGCCGCCCACCACCUGUCGACCAAUCUGACCCGCACUCACGGCUCUAUGACUGCUGUGUGGACAACGUUAAAAAUCCCAAAAUAUUCUGUUUAUUUGAUACUAAUCAGUAUUAUCCGGAAUAUAUUAUUGAAUAUAUGUGAUGAUUUCUUGUUUCUCAAGAAUGGUUUCUGGACAAUAUCAAGUGCAGUUAUAGCUUUUGUCAGAAAAUGUGAAAUUGUAUUUGUGUGCAUGCUAUUCUAGGUUGUCUCCCUUGGCCUUGUUAAUUGACACAAACUGGCACAUACUGAAUUCAUAUGUGAAUGAAUGUGAUAUCUAGUUUUACAAAUUAAACAUUAUGAAUUAUACAAAAAGUGAUCAUGUGUUAGAGAGAAAUUCAUUGAUAUGUCUCUAAUAAAAACUCAUAAAAAGUUAUUUAUAAUUACCCAAAUUAAUUUUUAAAACACGACAACUGGAAAAAAGAGAUAACAUGACAACUGGAAAAAAGAGAUAACACGACAACUGGAAAAAAGAGAUUUUUAGAUCGAGAUUCUGUUUGUAUUCUGUCGUGUUUGUGAACAACAUGGCUGAUUUGGAAUACUUUGCCUCUGACAAACCCAGGGAGUGAAGUCCUUCAAACGGAAGUGAAUUUAACACUGCAUAAUAUAAUGUACAGUAUAUAUAGUAUAUGAGCUUGAUUAAUUCAAAAAAUAAUGAGCCUCCGGUAUAUCUGUUACACAAGGGGUUGGGCUAAAAUUAGAGGUAAUAAAUGGUAAAUGCAGUGUUCUGGCCUUCUGAUGUUUUGUACUGAACUGUUAGAUUUAAUUGAACCUUAUGAUCCUAAAUCAAUAUGUAUAACACACAUUCACUGAAGACUGGACCAAGGUUGAUGCUAAUGAUAAAUUUAAACAUAUUUAUUGACAUUUCCAAGUGUUUUUUUUUUUUCUUUUUUUUUCUCAAUUCCACCUUACAUCACAAAGGUGUAAUAUAUAAGACAAGCUAAAUUUUCCUCUUUCACUUAUAAAUCAUAAAUAUUCACCAGAAUGUCACAUAUCCGUCCUAUUUCUUUUCUUGCCUUAACAUAUGGUAUCCAGAAUGUCGAUAAAAUGAACUUUGACAGAGUUAUUGCCCUUUUUAUUCCUUUUAUUCAAGCAGAAAACCCAGAUAACUUUUUGUUCUUUUCAUGCAAAACUUGGGAUCCUAAUUAAAUCACCAGUAAUUACAGGAUGAAUUUGCUGAUUUUAUCAGAAUUAAUUUUUAUUUACCUAACAAUGCAGAGCAGGGUAUCUUUAACUAUAAUAAGAACUACAUGUGAUAUACAUAUGAACAAGAACCAGAAAAUAACCUUAUAUAAAAUUGAAUGUCAAAAAUGCAUUCCAUAUCAGUGAUUAUUUAAGGGAAGGUAACACAAACAAAAGUCAUAUUAAUGAGCAGUAGAUAGUUAAAUAAGCCAUUGUCUAACAGUUCUAAUUCUAAAAUAUUCUCCUUGACUUGCAUUUAUUAGACAAUUGUAAUAAAUAUAUGGGUAUAAAUAAAACGUUUAAUUCUUUAGAGUAAAAUUUUAUUAUUAAUGGUGGUUAAUGAUUUUCACAGCAUUGUUUGUAUCUUUGAGCAAGAUACUUUACUCUGCUUUUUCCAGUCUACUCAGCUGUAAAUGAGUAGGUACGUGGUUGGGCAGUGCUAGAAUUGUUGAAUUUGAGCUGUGAGUGCCGAAAUGGCAGCACCGGCUGUAUGCUCCUCAUGAUCAAGGAUUUGAAAAAGAUAUUGGCUGCAUGGUUGCAAAGGCCCUAUAACCUCGGAUAAUAAUUUGUGAACCGCUUUGAGACGACCUACAAACUAGGUUGUGAUAAAGCAGUAUAGAAGAACCUCAAAUUAUUAUUAUUAUUAUUAACGUAAACAUUGAAAAUUGUAACUACUUUGGACACAAAAUCUAGGUGUAGAGGCAGUGGAAUUGUGUACCCCUGAUUUAUCUUAUAACCAAAUACACAUAGAGUACCUAUUCAUCAUAAACCACUAGUAUAAUAAACAUGUAGUGUUAAAAACUUGAUGUGUAAAAAAUUUGCAUCUCCACACUCAACUUGAUGCUCUGUGAUAUUUUUAGCAUCAUUGUUUGUAGUGUUUUUAUUGUUAAUGCAAAUUUUGCUAGUGCACACUUGCCAACUUUUCAAAAUUUUCAUGAGGGAGAAAAGUGUGUGAGAGACAUUUUCGACUCAAAUCUGUACUAACACUGCGUAGCGGAGUCGGUAGCCAUGUCAUCACAUAUAGUAUUAUCACCAAUAAAAUAACCUAUUUGCAUAGCCCAAUAGAUGAGGGUUUUUAUAAUAGACUACUUCAACUUGAUGCUGAUAUAUUGACACUUUAAAAAUAAAUAUCAAAUAACAACAGGUACACAACAAAUUGAGAAUUCACUUUCAUGUUUCAUUUUGCAUGUUUUCAACUGUUCUGGAUGUGAUUCGAAUAAUCCAUUGUGUGGUGUUUAUCUGUUCUAUUGAAGAGGAUGACUUAUCUACGUACCUACAGAGAUGACCACAUUUGAUGUUUCAUUUAUUGUCAAAAAAUAUUGAAUUAUUUAACAAUUUGUCACAGUAUUUGCUUAACAAUAAAAGAAAUUACUAAUUUGCGUCAAAUGUGCUUUCAUUCUGUAAGUUGAUUUAAAAAGGCAAAAACUACAGACAAGUACAGGUUUGAUUUUUGAUUUGAAUAAGACAACAAAUGAUAGUUUAACAAUCACAGGGGUGCUAUAAUAUUUAAUUCUAUUUUAAAUGCUCACUAAGAAAAACUCAAUUUUAAGCCACUCAUGAAAUCCCUGUUACUUCUUUGAAAUACAAAUAGAAGUGUGGAAGGUCACCUGAAAGCCUUCAGAUGUGGAGGACAAAGGGGACAAGCAGUAAAAUCCUUUUAGUUUUGAGUUGCUUGAUUGUUAAUUAAAUGUAUAUGUAUGAACUGUUUAUGUGAUUGAAUGAAUUGUGUAUCUAGGUAUGUUGAAGCACCUUCGAGUGGCUGAUACUAGUUAAAAAACGACACUUUAACAAAUGGUGUAGGAUAAUUAUCAACACAGCUUAUAUUAAAUACCUUAAUAUUUGAGAUACUUGUUGAAAAGAUAGUAUCAAAUUUGAUCUUAAUGCAUUUGGAAAAAAUGAUGAUGUGAAUGUCAUUUAUUGUGACAUUAAUUUGAUCAACAAGUUGCUGAUACAUGUAACUUUACCGGAGAAUUAAUUAAUAAAGGCAAUUAAAAGAAAACGAACGCAGGUCCACAACCAAAUAUUGUUUACGGAUAAUAAAACAUGAUAUAAUGGUAUAGAAACACAUUGAUUUCAGAACCAAUGCCAAUGGAAACAUUUCAACACUGCAAUAUUCAAAUCGCAAAUAUUUCAAAACACAAAAAAAUCCCAUCUUACAGUAUAGUAUAUUAUAUAGUUGUUAACUUAACGUCCAAACUAUAACCUUUUAUGACAUACCUGGUGAUUCUCUAAUAGUGAUACAGCCAGUUUUCAAGCCAUACAAUACCUAUACUAGGUCCUUUAAUUAUUUUGCAAUUUGAUAACAACCCAAGAUGUUGUAUCGCCCCAUUAACCAAUCUCCUUUUUGGAUGGAACCCAUUCGUUGUAACCCAAUAAUGAAAUCCACAAAUUGAAUCAAGAAUAGGUUUGCUCAACAUUUUAACAGCUGUUCCAUCCUUGACUGUACAUGUAUUGUUGUAUGGUUCAGUAAGCAUUACUCUUUGAAGGAGAUAUUGUUCUAUUUUGUGAAUAGAACAUUUUACACCACUGUUCCAUCCUUGACUGUACAUGUAUUGUUGUAUGGUUAAAGUUUCUGGGAAGCAAAUUCAAUAUUCAUAUGGUAAUGAUUUUCAGUUAACAUGAUGUGCAUUUCAAGAAUUAAGGUAUAUGAUUAUCAAUUAGUUACUGACUUUUGUUGUCGAGCUAAUAUUUGGAUAUAUGGAUUUCUCGUUUUGAUUUCUCGUUGUCGACGUCAUACCAUUAGUCUUCAACUACUACUGAUGAUUCUAAGAAUGGACCCACAUAUGCAACAAAAUAAAAAUUCUUCAUUGUUAUAUUAGAUGCUGAAUAAAGUUUAAAUAAUUAAACAAGAUCUUUUGUAGAUAACAGUUCUACUAAUUUACAAUUAAAUGCUAUACUCUGGGCAUUAGUUGUGAAUUUAAUCGGUAUUAAACGUUGGCCAGUAUAAGACCAAUGGAAGGUAAAUUUGUACUCACACUUGUACAUUACUGGUUUUGUAUGUUCAUCAUAAUUGUCAAUCAAUAUGAUCAUGCAUAGGUUCGAUUUUAACAGACAACAGCAUAUGAUUGUGUCCUUGUACAAGACACUAAACUUUACUUGCUUAACUUCACCUGCCUGGAGGGGAGUAUAAAAUGGUCUUGGUUGGGUAGUGCUGUGUCUGAUGUAUUUAGCAUUCAAAUAUGGUCUUGACUGGGUACUGCAGUGUCUGUGGUGUUGCCAGCAUUCAAAUGGUAUGACAUUAUAAAUGAGCCAUUUAAAUUAGACUGACAUACUUUUAAGUAGUACAUGCACAAACCCUCACACAUAAAAGUAAGGGGGUCAUGUUGCUGGAAGUGCUUUAUUAAGACUGAUACCCACUCUCUAGAUAAUAAAUUGUGAAUGCAUGAUUCUGUCAUUGUUUCUAAAUAUAUAUUUUUCUUUGUGUGAAUAAAGCAUUUGACAAACUCUUAUAUGUUGAUACAUGUAUUUUAAUGAAAACAAGAUCAUGCAGUUACAUCUUGACAGUUAUGUAACUAUUUUAUUUCCAUAUUUAAAUUUUGGUUUUUGAACAUUAAGUGUGUUUCAAUAUAUACCGGUAUUGAAGAAUGAAGAAUCUCCUAGAAGAGAUGAAAGUACUAAAGACUCGUUAAAUUGUUGAGAAUUUUUCUUUUUAUAAUACCGGUAUUGGUAUAUAUAUAUAUUAAAAAUUCUGUUGCUGUGUUUUCAUGUGUUAAUGAACAUUACAAUAAUGAUCAAAUUAAGAUAAGAAAAUCUUUUAAAUAUAUCCCCAAAUUUUAUAUUUUGACAUGUAUGUCCAGCUUGCUUAAUAAGUUUAUCUAACAUGAAUUGAAUUACAUUGUGAUAUCUUAGUUAUUUUGAAAUUCAAUUUAGAAUCCAUCUAAAGGCAGGAUCCUUAUGCACUAUUAAGAUGUGAUUUAUAUAAAGUAAGAACAUUUUCACAUGUACUUGUGGCCUUCUAAUACCUUAUGAUGGUUAUGAAUGAUCUUGAUGGAAAUAAAAAUAAAAUUUCUAAAACACA